UGACAUGAUCGCUGUCAAAAUUCCAAUAAGAGGUUAAAAGUUUUCCUUGUAAGAAAAUCUUGAAAAAUCGCGUUUUAUUCGCAUUUUGCGUGUUAAAUUUGUGUGAAAACCGUGAAAACUAAUCCAGGAUGUUCCGUUCAUCUAAUUUUGAUAAACUUUUGGAUAAUGCCACGAGCCACCUCCACCUGGAGCCAGAUUGGCCGUCAAUUAUGAUGAUUUGUGACUUAAUCAGGCAGAAUGACAUUGGGGCAAAGCAGGCAAUUAUGGCCAUCAAGAAGAAAAUGCUAUCCCCUAAUCCUCAUUCAGCUAUGUACGCACUGAUUCUCCUUGAGAGUGUUGUGAAGAAUUGCGGCUCCCCUGUGCACGAGGAGAUCUCCAGCAAGGCCAAUUGUGAGAUGUUUACGAAUUUGAUAAAAGACACUCCCCAUGAGAAUGUGAAGAAUAAAAUGUUGGAGCUCAUCCAGUGCUGGGCGUAUGCUUUCCGGACAUCCCAGAAGUACAGGGCUAUUAAGGAUACGAUGACCAUUCUCAAGUCCGAGGGACACACCUUUCCGGAACUCAAAGAGGCCGAUGCGAUGUUCACGUCGGACACAGCUCCAGACUGGGCGGAUGGCGAUGUGUGCCAUCGGUGCCGUGUGGCGUUCUCAUUUACUCAACGGAAGCACCACUGUCGCAACUGUGGGCAAGUUUUCUGUGCUCAGUGCUCCUCAAAGACGAGCACUCUGCCGAAGUUUGGCAUUGAGAAGGAGGUACGUGUGUGCGAGGCGUGCUACAUGCAGCAGCAGCAGAAACCAAUUGGGAAACCCAUUGCUGGACGCCCAAGUCCUGUCGACAGUGAACUUCCGGCUGAAUACUUGGCGAGCUCACUUGCACAGCAAACGCAAACACCACCGCGGAAGACGGAUCAAGAGUUGCAGGAGGAGGAGGAACUUCAGCUGGCAAUUGCUCUGAGUCAAUCCGAAGCGGAGCAUCACACUAAAGUCAAGACGACGAUUAAUUCAUCUGUUAGGAGCUACACGAAGAGCCCUAGCCCAGAGGCACCGAUGAAGCAGAGUUUGAGCCCUACGGAUGAUCCUCCAUCUGACCCGGAAUUAUCGCGCUAUCUCAAUCGCAACUACUGGGAGCAGAGGCAGACAACUACAGAGUCUCCAGCGAGCCCCUCUGCCCCAAGUUCUGUGCAGAGUAUCACGAUGGUUAAGACAACGCCAGAGGAUACGGAAAUUGAUGAUUUCUCCAGUACAAUGAAGACACAGCUGGAGAUCUUUGUGAAUCGCAUGAAGUCAAAUUCAAGUCGUGGCCGGAGCAUUUCCAAUGAUAGCUCCGUGCAGACACUCUUUAUGAAUUUGACGUCAUUCCAUUCGAAACUUCUUGGCUACAUAAAGGUGAUGGACGACAAGAGGAUGUGGUAUGAGCAGUUGCAGGAUAAAUUGGCACAGGUGAAGGAUUCCCGGGCGGCACUUGAUGUGCUUCGGCAGGAGCAUCAGGAGAAACUUCGUCGUAUGGCUGAGGAGAUGGAGCGUCAACGGCAGCUACAGAUGGCACACAAGCUGGAGAUUAUGCGGAAGAAGAAGCAAGAGUACUUGCAGUAUCAGCGUCAACUUGCCCUGCAGCGUAUUCAGGAGCAGGAGCGGGAAAUGCAGUUGCGGCAGGAGCAGCAAAAAGCGCACUACAUGAUGGGAUCUCAGGCAUUCCCGUACAUGCCACCUGGUGCCCCGGGUGCUCCCAAUCCACACGGUUCUCCGAUGCAUCAAAUGCAGAAUCCGGGAGUUUAUCAGCAACCCCCGUAUGGGUACAAUCAGAUGGCACGUUUUCCACCUGGAACAAAUCCCAUGUAUGCUGCACCUCCUGGACAGAAUCCACAGCAGCAGCAGCAGAUGGCUAAACCUCCACCACCGGGAGGAAUGCUGCCGCCACAAACGCAGCAACCGGGGCAACCACAGCAAUUUAUGACGCCCCCACAGGCACCCAUGAUGAUGAUGAUGAAUCCCAAUAAUCCAAUGCAGGGUCAGCCGGGAAUGGACAUGAGUAAAGGUGUGGCAGGACCGAUGGGAGCACCACCGCUGUGUCAGCCGCAGGAUCAGCAAAUUCCACCGGGUGGUGGAGCCUUUCCGGGGAUGCAACCGCCGCCACAGCAGGGACAACAGCCGGGGAUGCCACCAGGAAUGGCACCUCCGGGAAUGCCUCAACCGGGUCCAAUUAUGACACAGCAACAUCCUUCGAUGAUUCCUUCUUCGGCACCGCCUCCGCAUGCCCAGCAGAUGCCCCCACAAGCCCAACAGAUGCCCCCACAGGCCCAGCAGCUACCCCCACAGCAGCCACAGCAGCAACAGGAGCCAGCCAAUGCCCAUGGGAGCCCCACGAAUCAACCAGCACCUCCUCCGGCACCUGCAAAGGUCGAAGUGAACACCGCCGAGUUAAUAAGCUUUGACUAAAACACGCCGUUGACUAUUCCAGCGAAUGUUUUACCAAUAAAUUAUCACUACAAUACAACGCUAUCGUCACAAUAUUGCCACCCAAAGUUUAUUCAAUACGCGCCCAGGUGAUUCACGGGUGGAAUAUUAUUGUCAACAAGCAGAGAGAUAUAAAAAAAAUAAACGUUCUAAGCCGCUGCAAGCGAUGUGUGAGAUUAAGGAGAAAAUAAUAAAAAACAAAAAUUCUUGUAUUGCAUAUUAAAUGAAGAUAUAAAGGUUAAUCAA